ACCUCAGUUUAUCGUUGGAUUAGAAACGGUGAAUAGUUUUUCGAUUUCGACAAUGUGCUGUGAAUGUGAAUUGGUAUUGAGAUGCUAAUUACUUCCAAUUUUAUGAAUCCUUUUGAUACUAUAAUCACAUAAGAAAUUAGAAAAUCGAUUUGCGCAUAAAGGUUUAUUUGCAUUUGAUGCACAUAAGGAUAAGAGAAGAAAUCACUGAUUAUAAUAAUGUGCAAAGCAAGUGAUGUUAUUAUUGUUGGAUUAAUAUUCGGACUGUGCUUUGUCAUCAUCCACGUCGACUGUGAAAUAUUUUCGGCUAUAGAGAAAUUGGAGCAACUGUUUCGUAGCGAACGGAUAUUCAUUAGAGAGUUAGAAAAAUUUGCGAAAACUGUCGACGACGAUUACAUUCACAGGAAACUGAGGGCUUGGAAGCUUGAACACAAUUCAAUCAAUAACACAGACAUUUGGCGAUAUAUUACCAAUCCUUUAAAUGCAUUCUUGAUGAUCAAACGUUCCACUACGGACAUAGAACUUAUUGAAAAACGUUUUGGCAAAAAAUCGGACGAAUUCCUGCACAAUAUUCGAAGGUUGCAACCGGAAGCACUAGACUUAACCGGAGCCGUUGACGGUUUGUUGCGUCUUCAGUUCUUUUACAAAUUGAAAACAGUAGACAUUGCAAAUGGAAUCAUUGACGGUGUACCGACGAGAUCGCCUCUAUCAAUUCAUGACUUGUUUGUUAUUGGUGAGCAAGCAUUAAAGGUUGAUGAAACCGACUAUUUGGCGUUGGAAUAUCUGUCUAUGGUAUGGAAGCAACUGAAACAGGGUCUCGAUGUCGACAACGAAAUCAAUGAGGAGAACUUGAUUCUUGUCUUGAUACAUACGUACACCAGAGUGAGUAGUAAUAGGGAAGCGUUGGAGAUGAUAAAGGAGCUGAAAAGAAAAUUCCCGCAAACAGCCACAAUGUUCUCAGUCACAGAAAAAAUGUUGAUCAACGAACUGAAAAAAUUCAAUGCAAGCAGCCAGAACGUACUGGAUCCAUUCGCAAAUAACUUUGUGCACGACGGUAAAUACACGGACGCAAAAGAUCGCAUCCUUAACAGUCAAGUUUGUCGUGGUGAUGAGCCGAAAUCCACAUCCAAACUUUACUGUCGUUAUGCAUCGACGAAUGCAUUUUCUCAACUUGCUCGAUUUAAAGUUGAAGAGGCGAAUUUGGAGCCGUACAUACUGUUGUUUAUCGAUGUUGUGUCGAACGAUGAAAUUAAAUUUCUCAAGACAGCAUCGAAACAGAAACAGGGACCUGGAACAAUCAGAGAGUCGAGUUUGUUAUCCAGUCAUCGAAUAGCGCAAGUGGCAUGGCAUUAUAAAUAUGAACACAAGUUUUUCCGUACAUUAUCGCGGCGAAUUGAGGACAUGACUGGAUUAUCACAAAAGACUGCUGAGCCAUUACAAACACAAAACUAUGGCAUUGGUGGACACUAUUCUAGUCAUUGGGACUUCUAUGAAAAGAGCGAAAAGCCGGUUAAAGAGAACGGAAAUCGAAUUGCAACGGUGCUGUUCUAUUUGUCAGAUGUGGAGAAAGGUGGCGGUACAGUGUUUCCUUUCCUCAACCUGCGCGUUUUGCCAAGAAAAGGAGCAGCUGUCUUUUGGCACAAUUUGAGUCCGUGUGGUGCGUAUGAUUUUUUAACAAGACACUCAGCGUGUCCCGUGUUACUUGGCAGUAAAUGGGUGGCAAAUGCUUGGAUUCGAGAGUAUGACAACGAAUUUCGGCGACCUUGCUUUCGGGAUGAAAUGUAUGACGAUAAACGAAGGGAGCAAAUGUUAUAUGAACAAUUUUAUUGAAUUAAAAAUGUCUGAAAAAUUAA